AUGCUAAUCACCGAUACGUUGAAAAAACUAUUGGAAAAAUGUGCGUUCGAUAUAGUGGGACCACUACCCAUUACAAACGCUGGAAAUAAAUAUAUCUUAACAUUCCAAGAUAAAUUGACGAAAUUUAGCAAAGCGAUUUCAAUAAAGAAUCAAGAAGCAAAUACGGUGGCAAAAGCCUUUGUCACCAAAAUAAUUGUCGAAUAUGAGAUUCCCGACAAAAUUCUGACUGAUCAAGGUUUCGAAAAUCGGGAACACGGUCCGGAGCACUCCGGUAACGAGUCGUGUGAUCACUUGAAUUUUAAAUCUUGGCAACUGAUCAUUAAAAGCAUCAACAUACCUGCUACUGUAAAAGUUAACGGCACUGAUUACAUUAUCCUUGAUUGUGAUUAUGAUCUUGAGAAUACAUCGAGCAAAGGUCUCGUUGUCAAAUGGUUUUUCAACACUAAUCAAGUAGUUUAUCAAUGGAUAUAUGGCAGAAAUCCUUUGGCAGACGAACCUGCCGCAAAAUACAUUGAUCUAACCUACAAAGCCAGCGAUGAUCCAUACACUGAAUAUCGAGCCAUAAAAUUGAAUAAGCCAGGCAUCGAUCUUACUGGCGAAUAUACAUGUGUUAUAUCUACUUUCGCAGAUGAACGAACAGCAAAUGCAUCAAUGAUAGUUUAUUCUACGGAGGAAAAAUUCGAUCUUAUAUAUAAGAAAAGGAUUAUAGAUGACAAAGAUGGAGUUGAGAUAACAUGUGCGGCUGAAGGACUUUAUCCUCAACCAACUUUAGAAAUUUCUGUCGAGAAUAUUCCAAAGAAGCAAACUGAAAAUUUCGCCAUAACAUUGCGUGAUGAUGGAUUGUACAAUAUCUUAUCACGUAUCGCCUUACUGGACGAAGAUUUACCAGAAACAACGAUUAUUAAAUGCUUACUCGGCAUAUCAAAAGCAUCGUACAAGGUUUCUCGCAAAACUGUCUAUUAUACUGUGGGGAUUGGAGAGGAAGAUUGAAGUGAAUUGAAGAUU